AUGAAUGACACAGUCGAUAGUGUAUAUCGUUUCGUUACUGAUCAAUCAUCAUCAGCAUAUAAUAAAAUGAAUUCAUUUGUCGCAUCACUUCGUCGUCGUUUUGAUAAAGUACUUACAGUCAAUCCUAAUACAACAACAUCAACAAAUUCUUCAUCUAUGACAACAAAUAACGAUGAAAAUUAUUUACCAAGUAUAAAAAUUGAUCAAACAAAAAAAUCAGAAAAAAAUUUCAAUGUUUAUGAUACAUUGAAUAAAAAUCGACCAAUAGUACGAUCAAAUCCAAGUGUAAACAAUAUCAAUCAAAACGAGGCGGGCUCAUCCAAUGAUUCACAAACUCCACAUAUAUAUGAAUCACUCGAUCCACCUUCACCAGAUAUAUCAUCAACAAUGAAUCCAAUAUCAACAUCUGAACAAUCAUAUACAUUUCCACCAAUAUUAAAAUCAUCUUAUAUUAUUCCAUCAUCAAUUGUUGCUCUUGAUCAUUUUACAACAAAUCUUUAUCUUGUUGUUAAUUCAAUAUUAAAUCAAUUACUUGUUGUAUUUGGUUCAACAAAAAUUCAUACUAUUAAAUUAUAUGAUACAAAUGGUAGAAAAAUUCAUACAAAUGAUCUUAUUUUACAAUAUAAAUUUGAAGAUUUACAUGGUUAUAAAUUAUUAUCAUCAACAUUAAAUAAUAAUUUACAAAAUUGUUUCAUUGUUAAUGAAAUACGUGUUUAUGUUACUGAACCUUUAGAUAAUACAUCACCAAGCCAAACACUUAAACAACGUUUAUUAUUUUUUGAUCAAAAUGGUCAUUGUAUUUCAACAUCAAAACGUUUACCAAUAACAAAUGAAUUAUUAUUUGUUGACGUUGAACGUUCAACAUCAUCAAUAUAUGUAUAUGAUGGUUUAAAUUUAAUAAAUUUAGAUCGUAAUUGGUCAAUAAAUAUUGAAAAUAUUGAUUGUAUAUCAUCUGGUUCAACAUUUCUUGUUUGUUUACAUUCAAAAACAAAUCAAAUAAGUAUAUAUAAUAAUCAAACAGGUUCAUUUAUAUAUCGUUGGUUAAUAACAACACCAAAUAUUCAUUAUUUACAAACAGUUUAUUUAUGUGUAUCACGUCAAGAUUUAAUAUAUGUUUUAGUUUGGAAUUGUGAUGUACAUCCAUUUAAUAAUCAUGUACUUGUUUUUGAUCAAGAAGGACAAUUACGUCGAGAAUAUUAUAUUCCAAAUCGUAUUAUACCAACUAUACAUGGAACAUAUACAUAUGAGAUGACACUUGGAGGACAUCAUACACCAAAUUCACUUGCUAAUAUUGUACGUCAACCAUCAAGAAAACCAAAUCCACAAACAAUAGCAUGGAUACAACAACAAGCUAUGUGGAAUGCUAGUGGUAGACAUCCAUCAUCACAUAUAUGGACAAAUAAUCCUAGAUCAACAUCACAAAUGCAACCAUUUUAUCAUGGAAUAGGAAAUCCUUAUGAUAUGUAUCAUCAACAACAACAAACACAAGAUGAUAAUACACUUUUUCAUGCACGAUUUCUUGCUAUUACAGAUGAUGAUACAUUAAUUUUAUCGAAUAUAAUUGAUCUUGGUUUAGAUGAAGAAACACAAGAAACAGCUGUUGUUAAUGUUAGUCGAAAAAUUUUAUUUUUUCAUUUGGAUACAUAA